UAUGAAAAGCUCAUAGAUCUUCCCUCUCCAUUUGAUUGCAAUGUGCGCGAAUCCGAGCAAUCAGGGACUACAGGCAGCAUCGUUUCAGCUGACCUCGAAUCGGCCGAACAAUUUAUCGUCACCUUUAUGAAAGAACUGGAUCGUCGUACCCAACAGGACCUGCCUGCACUAAAGUGUCUCGGUAACUUCUCCAGCGGGCAGCCGGCUUCAGAAGAAAAACGCACAGCACAGGAGGAGGAAACGAGCUUCUGGAAUGACCUCCUGGAAUUCGCCUACAACCAAUGGAACGAGCUAGUCCUGCUGGCAAGCCACAAACAGCAUACAAUCCAAAUGGCGCAACGAUUCUGUCGACUGGGGGCUGAACAAGAAAACUGUUUGAAGUGGGUCGAAGCGAAGCAGGAGGUUCUGCUGACCACCGGCAACGAUGUCACCGAUGUACGCGAGGUGAUUCGUAUGGAAUGUCGCAUGUCAGGCUGGGAGAGCGACCUGAAGGCGCUGACGGGAAGUGUUGAGUCCUGUCUGGGCGAACUGGACUCUCUGCGGGAGGCGUUGUCUCAGGCUGUCCAGGCUACCAGCCAGAGUGCUGACGGUUUGAAAGCUGCAAGAAGGGCCGUUGAGGAGUGGAAAUGGAAGCUGCAGAGGCGGUGGGAUGACUUCAUGCUGCUGCUGGAAGAACACAAGAAAAAACUAGAUAUGUCGCUGGCGUUACAAAAUGUGCUUCAGGUAUGUUUAUUGGUAAAACUCAAUGCGAUUUCUUGA